AUGAAUCUGAGUUUUGGGAUUAAACAUACUGCAGCGUUGAGUGUCCUCGCGCAGGGCGUGCACACGGCUCUUGUACCCGGGCCCGCGCUCAAACCAUGCACGGAGGACGAGCUCGACGGGUACGCGGAUGAACCGGACGCCGCGCUGAAGCCACUGAGGCCCGGGACGAACGGCCUGAAGGGACUUCAGCUGGACGGGCGGCUCGUGUCCGCAGGGGACGGCUCUCUACCGAACACCCCGGACCCGAGAGAGCUGGGCUCCGCCGAUCUGGAGCUGGACACGCGGCAGCUUCUGCUGGACUUCUACUACACGCACACGGGAAUGUGUACGCCUGACCGGAAGCUUCAUCACGCGUUACCGACGAUGAGGCGCGUCGUCGCGGACAUCCUCAUAAAGCACCAGAUAACUUACAAAGGAAUGCUGCAGCGUCUGCAGCUGGACUCUCAAGCGGACGACCUGAGCUUCAUCGGCUCUAUAGCCAAGUCCAUGUUCAGAGACCACACGACGAACUGGGGCCGGAUCGUGAGUCUGGUGGCGUUCGGAGCCGUGGUGUGUCAGCAGCUGAAGGAGCUGCAGAGAGAGCAGUGUGUGGAGACGGUGGCCGAGCAGAUCUCCUGCUAUCUGAUCUCAGAACAGCACGACUGGCUCCUCGAUAACAAGAGCUGGCAUGGGUUCGAGGAGUUCUUCCGUGUGGAGGAUGUGGAGUCUGCGGUUUGCAACGCUCUGAUGGCUGUUGUGGGAUGUGCUGGGAUCGGCGCCGGUCUGGCGUUCCUGAUCCGGUGACACCGUCUCCCAUCGCUCUUGUGACCGCCGCAUUCGUCCUCAGACGCUGAAGCGUACACUAGCGUGAGGUUAGGAGCCAGAUUCCUGCUGCGCUCCGCUGGACUCUGCUUCCAGCUCGACAUGCGCUCGCCAUCCCAGCAUGCACUGCACCAAAGACUGAGCUUGGCGUCAGACAGCGACCAGCAAGGAUAUAUUUUCGGAUGUAUUUUUCUAAUAAAAAGUGUUCUGAAAUGCAUAUGGUGUCU